UGCCUGUCAUUGCAACCCUGUGUGUAGCAUGCGACUUUCUGUGAAGGCCUUGUUAAACAUACCCAGCACAGCGGCCUUUUCAUAUGUUGAGCAAAAUUCGUGUGAUAAUGUACGUUAGUUGUGAGUUCCGCAAUCAAAUAAUAUUUUGUGUUGUGAAUAGCAGAUGAAUAAUAAAACGGCAAGAAUAACAGUAUAGAUAAACUAAAAAGCCUGUUAUCAAGUGGUAUUUUUUUUAUAACUAAUUUCGUAUAUAAACCAGAAUGGAAAUUGUUGAGUCAAAGGUAGAGUCCAACAAAAAACAGAUGAACGAAUCGUUAACAGCGCCGACGCUGUCCGUAGAGAACAGCGGCAAUAGUAACGUGACUAGUAGUAGUAAUUCUGUUAAAUGUGUUGCUGCUGCUGUGGCUUCAACAGCGGAAACAAGAACAAAGGAUAAUACAACAACAACAGCUGUAACAGUCGCAAAUACUAACUCAACUGAUUCAAUUGCUAUCGAGGAUAUGGAUAUCAAGAUGCAAGAAAAGCCAACGAAAAGCACAGCCACUGCGGAAUUCGCCAAAGCUGAUGAGCUGAAAUGCCAACAACACUCUGCUAAAUUAACAUCUGCUAAUACUGCUGCAACAACAGUUAUACAGAUCGAUGAUGAUAUCCCCAUUAUAUCGCUAUCGGAUGGAGAAGAUGCAAUGGGUCAGCAUACACCGUCAGCGAUACAAAAAGCUAGCCGCAAACGAAACAGCGCAGGUGCUUCCACAAUUGAUGAUGAACAAAAAUUUCGUUUAAAAAGGCGUAAGAUUAAAGUGGCCGGUGCGCCAAAGAUGCCACUCACGGGUUAUGUUCGUUAUAUGAAUGAUCGACGUGAGAUACUACGUAAGGAACUGCCCACCAAAACAGCGAUUGAGCAUACAAAAAUUAUCGGUGAAGAAUGGCAGAAGUUGGGAGAGGACAAAAAAGCGCCCUAUAAGAAAGCAGCUGAGCUGGAUAAGCAACGCUAUCUCGCCGAACUGGACACAUUCCUUAAAGAGCGGCCCGAUGUGUUGGCCUGCGAGCUGGCCAAGGAUAAACAAAAAAGCAAAAGUCCCGGCGAAGCUGGAAAACCGGUGUUGAAGGAGAAAUCACAAUCGAUUGGUAACAUCAAAUCACCGAAUAAGGAGCCAAAUGCCACCACAGCCGUCAGCAAAGAUAAAACACGCCACAGCUCGGAAAAGGAUAACUCGCCGACUCCAGCUGCAACAACCGUGGACAAUAAGUCGAGACGUAAGCGCACACCAACACCACCCAAGACAGGCGGCAAGCAUAGUAGCAAUAGCAACAACAACACCGCUUACGCUAACACAAACAACAACAACAGUAACAACCACAAUUCCACCUCCAGCAGUAAUCACAAUAGCAACUCAACAACAACAGCAACAACAAGCGCAAAUUCUGCAGCAUCACUCUUAGCCGCAACAGCCGCAACACCCGGCGAAAUUCCAAUUUUCACCAAUGAAUUUCUGGAACACAAUAAAGUUUUCGAUAUGGAAUUGCGUACGCUACGCAAAUCCAAAACAGAUGUGGAGCAACAGAAUGCUGUGCUGGAGAAACAUGUGGAGAAUAUGAAAUUUGGUGUGGAGAAAAUGACCAACGAAAAUGACGAGCUAGCGGAGAAGAAUCGUUUGCUCGAAUUGUAUUUGGAUAAGUUCAAGGCGAAGUUGGCGCAUGCGUUGUCCAGCUUGUCCAUACCUACGCAGCCGAAUGGCGCAACAAUGGACAAUAUCGAGAAAUAUAUGGCUGAUUUGUACAAGAUGGCAACGACAAACACACAUGGACCGGCUAGCCUCAAUAAGGCUAAAGAUAUUAUACGGAAAUUAGAUUUACAGAUUAAUUUGUAAAUGAGAAUAGUUAGUUUUAGGUGAGAGUUUUGUGCGGAAGAGUUUUGUGAGCGAGUGAGAUUUAGUAAUUCUAAAAGUUAUUUGCGUUUAGUUUAAUGCAUUUGUUAGUUAUGCCGCGUUUCAUUCCCUCAAUAGUCGGCGUCUGCGUUACCGGAACAAUCCAAAUUAAUUUAAGUAGGUCUGUAUGUAUAUCCGGCCAGGCAUUGUUUUUUCAGCAGCACUCCCUAGACAUUUAGGGGGGAAUUGAUUGCGCUGUUACAACAAAAACAACAACCUAGUUUUGUGUGCAUCAAAAUCUCAUUUACCAAAUGUGUUUUGGGGACAUUACAACAACAUAAAUGGUAAACUACUUUGUAGUUUAGUCGAUACGGACUAAGAAAGAGUAAGAAAGCAGAAAAUACGAGUGUCGUUUGAAAAAUCAGUGCAAAAAUAAAAACUGCUUAAUUUUUUGAGGUAAAUCCUUUUUA